CACGGCGCCCUUUGUAAGCUUCCCAUUGGCGUAUCCCUGGACUGGGCCCGAACUUUCGCUUGUCAUUGGCGUUCGGACAGGAAGCGUGGCUCUGGGGCUGAAGCCUUACGCUCUGCCCUUACCCUCUCUCUCUCUCGCUCUGUUUCUAUCUCUCUCUCCCUCUCUCUCACCCCCCUUUUCCCUCCCUCCCUCCCCCUCUCUGUCUACUUUAUUCCCAAGCAGGACCGUGUGAUUGUAUGUGUGUGUGUGUGUAUUGAAUGUGCGGCUCCACUGGGCUUGAACGGUGCGAUGAUAAAAGACGCCUCUGCGGUAGGCUACACACCUAUCCGAGAGCGAAAUCGCCAAGAAACAUCCUGAGGACGGUCCUCCGUUGACCUUUAACCGUUUGGAGCACAAGCUGAAGUGUCAGCAGUAUCAUGUCCAGGCCAUUAGGGAGCGGCGUGAACGAUGUCACCCGCUUCCUCACGUCGGGGGUGGUUCCGAGUUCCCCCACCGCCAAAUCGCCCAUGUUGUCCGCCGCCGGCCAGGCCGACUGGGCGGCCAAACGUCUGGUGUGGGUGCCGUCAGAGAAGCAUGGCUUUGAGUCGGCCAGCAUCAAGGAGGAGCGCGGCGACGAGGUGGAGGUGGAGCUGAGCGACAGCAUGAGGCUGCUGACGCUCUCCAGGGAGGAGGUGCAGCGGAUGAACCCGCCGCGCUUCAGCAAAGUGGAGGACAUGGCCGACCUCACCUGCCUCAACGAAGCCUCCGUGCUGCACAACCUGAGGGACAGAUACUACUCGGGCUUGAUUUAUACAUAUUCCGGGCUCUUCUGCGUGGUGGUCAACCCCUAUAAGAACCUGCCCAUCUACACAGAGUCUAUCGUGGAGAUGUAUCGGGGCAAAAAGCGCCACGAGAUGCCGCCGCACAUUUACGCCAUAUCGGAGGCGGCGUAUCGGAGCAUGCUGCAAGACCGAGAGGAUCAGUCAAUCCUGUGCACGGGCGAGUCGGGCGCCGGCAAAACGGAAAACACAAAGAAAGUCAUUCAGUACCUGGCUCAUGUGGCUUCCUCUCACAAGGGUGCUACCGCCAUCAGGAGCAAAGACGCCUUACAGCUGGAUGGCGCUCGCUCAUUAACCAGGGGCACCACUUUGGUCAACAAGGGCGAGCUGGAGAGACAGCUGCUGCAAGCCAACCCCAUACUGGAGGCCUUUGGCAACGCAAAAACCACCAAGAAUGACAAUUCCUCAAGAUUUGGUAAAUUCAUCCGCAUUAAUUUUGAUGUGGCGGGCUACAUUGUCGGUGCCAACAUUGAGACCUACCUGCUGGAAAAGUCCCGGGCCACCCGUCAGGCUAAGGAUGAGCGGACGUUCCACAUCUUUUACCAGAUGUUGCAUGGAGCUUCUGAGGCGAUGAAAUCGGACCUGCUCUUAGGAACCGCCGACGAGUACCGCUUUCUCAGCGGAGGUACCAUCACAGUCCCCGGUCAGAGCGAUGCCGAGAACUUCACCCAGACUAUGGACUCCAUGGCCAUAAUGGGCUUCAACCCCGAGGAGCUGAUGUCCAUGCUGAAGGUGACAUCCGCCGUGCUCCAGUUCGGGAACAUUUCCUUCACAAAGGAGAAGAACCACGAUCAGGCGUCCAUGCCCGACAACACGGCGGCUCAGAAACUCUGCCACCUGCUGGGCAUCAACGUAAUGGAGUUCACCCGAGCCAUCCUCACGCCCAGGAUCAAAGUGGGGCGGGAGUACGUUCAGAAGGCCCAAACGAAAGAACAGGCUGACUUUGCCGUGGAGGCCCUGGCCAAGGCAACAUACGAGCGCCUGUUCAGGUGGUUGGUGCACCGAAUCAACAGAGCGCUGGACCGCAGGCAGAGACAGGGAGCCUCCUUCAUCGGCAUCCUGGACAUCGCCGGAUUCGAGAUCUUCCUGCUGAACUCCUUCGAGCAGCUCUGCAUCAACUACACCAACGAGAAGCUGCAGCAGCUCUUCAACCACACCAUGUUCAUCCUGGAGCAAGAGGAGUACCAGCGAGAAGGCAUCGAGUGGAACUUUAUCGACUUUGGCCUCGACCUGCAACCGUGCAUCGAUCUCAUUGAAAGACCGGUCCAACCUCCGGGUGUUCUGGCUCUGCUGGACGAAGAGUGCUGGUUCCCUCGAGCCACGGACCAGUCGUUUGUGGAAAAGCUGACCAGUCAGCAAGGCAACCACCCCAAAUUCUUCAAAUCCAAGCAGCCGCGCGGCGAGGCCGACUUUUCCAUCAUCCACUACGCCGGCAAGGUUGACUACAAGGCCAACGAUUGGUUGGUCAAGAACAUGGAUCCCCUGAACGACAACGUGGCGUCCCUCCUCCACCAGUCGUCCGACCAUUUUGUCUCCGAGUUGUGGAAGGAGGAUAUUCAAACUCUACCUCGUGUCUACUUCUUUGACUCCUACACCACACUGCAGGCAAAUGGCUCCGACAUGGACCGCAUCAUCGGUCUUGACCAGGUGUCGUCAUCAGGCGAGAACAGCGGGCAGGUUGCGUUUGGCGCAUCGGGGCUGAAGACCAAGAAGGGAAUGUUCCGGACCGUGGGCCAGCUGUACAAAGAGUCGCUGGCCAAGCUGAUGGCCACGCUGAGGAACACCAACCCCAACUUCCUGCGCUGCAUCAUUCCCAACCACGAGAAGAGGGCUGGCAAGCUGGCACCGCACUUAGUUUUGGACCAGCUGAGGUGCAACGGGGUCCUGGAGGGCAUCCGCAUCUGCCGACAAGGCUUCCCGAACCGCAUCCCCUUCCAGGAGUUCAGACAGAGAUACGAGAUUCUGACUCCCAACGCUAUCCCUCGCACCUUCAUGGACGGAAAACAGGCGUCGGAACUCAUGAUCAAAGCCUUGGAGCUGGAUCCCAACCUGUUCCGGGUGGGCCAAAGCAAAGUGUUCUUCCGAGCCGGCGUGCUGGCGCACCUGGAGGAGGAGCGGGACUUAAAAAUCACAGACACCAUCAUACGCUUCCAAAGUGCUGCCAGAGGCUACCUCGCACGCAAAGCCUUCAUGAAGAAGCAGCAGCAGCUGAGCGCUCUGCGGGUGAUGCAGAGGAACUGUCACGCUUACCUCAUCCUCAAGAACUGGCAAUGGUGGCGGCUUUUCACAAAGGUGAAACCGCUGCUGCAAGUGACGCGGCAGGAUGAGGAAAUCCAGAUCCGAGAAUCGGAGCUGCUCAAGACCAAGGAAAGACUUGCCCGAGUGGAGCAGGACUUCACCGACCUGGACAAGAAACACACCGUGCUGAUAGAGGAGAAGGCGGUGCUGGCCGACCAGCUGCAGGCGGAGGCGGAGCUUUUUGCCGAGGCCGAGGAGAUGCGGUCCAGGCUGGCCAGUCGCAAGCAGGAGCUGGAGGACGUGCUCACCGAGCUGGAGAGCCGCUUGGAGGAGGAGGAGGAGAGGGGCCUUCAGAUGAGCAACGAGAAGAAGAAAAUGCAGCAGAAUAUUCAGGACCUGGAGGAGCAGCUAGAAGAGGAAGAAAGCGCCAGGCAGCGCCUCUUGCUGGAGAAGGUCUCCCUGGAGACCAAAGUCAAAAGUCUGGAGAGCGACCUUCUGACGGCGGCGGAGCAGAGAGAUCGCCUGGGCAAGGAGAAGAGACAGCUGGAGGAGCGCCUGGCCGAGGUGACCGACAACCUCACCGAAGAGGAGGAGAAGAGCAAGAGUCUGAAUAAGCUCAAGAACAAACAGGAGGCCAUCAUCGCCGACCUCGAAGAUCGCCUCAAGCGCGAGGAGCAGGGGCACCAGGAACAGGAAAAGUGGAAGAGGCGGAUGGAGACGGAGGCAAUCGAGGCGCAGGAGCAGCUGUCUGACCUGAGCCUCGUCUCCGGCGAGCUGAAGGGCAGCCUGUCCCAGAAGGAAAAAGAAAUCACCGCGCUGCAGAGCCGGUUGGAGGAGGAGGUGGCACGGCGCUCGGAAGCGCAGAGGUCGCUGAGGGAAGCCAUGUCGCAGGUGUCGGAGCUGAAGGAGGAAGUGGAGAACGAGCGAGGCAUGCGGGAGCGGGCCGAGAAACAGAGGCGGGACCUCGGGGAGGAGCUGGAGGCCUUGCGGACCGAGCUGGAGGACACCCUGGACACCACCGCCGCCCAGCAGGAGCUCAGGUCCCGUCGGGAGGUGGAGUUAAACGACCUCCAGCGCUGCGUGGAAGAUGAGACGCGGCGCCACGAGGCCCAGCUGUCGGAGCUCCGGAUCAAGCACAGCGCCGCCGUAGACAAUCUGCAGGAGCAGCUGGACAACAGCAAGAGGGCGCGCCAGUCGUUGGAGAAGGCCAAGAUGGUGCUGGAGGAAGAGAAGCAGAGUUUGAGCGCCGAGCUGAAGGGCCUCCAGGCCAGCCGCACCGAGAGCGACCGAGGACGCAAGAGGGCCGAGAGUCAGCUGCAGGAGCUCACCAUGCGCCUCACCCAGGCCGACCAGGAGAGGGAGGAAAGGGAGGAGCGAGUGCACAAGCUGCAGAAUGAAAUUGAGUCGCUCUCCAGCAAUUUGUCAUCCUUUGACAGCAAAUCCCUCCGUCUGUCCAAAGAAGUCAACAGUCUGGAGAGCCAGCUUCAUGACUCGCAGGAGCUCUUGCAGGAGGAGACCCGCCAGAAGUUGGCCCUGGCCGCCAGGGUGCGAGCGCUGGAGGACGAGAGGAACGCACUGACGGAGAGACUGGAGGAGGAAGAGGAGAAAGCCAGGGAGCAUUGCCGGCAGAUUCAGACUCACACUCAGCAGCUGUCCGAGAUGCGCAAGCACUCUGAGGAGGUGAACACGGCGGUGGAGAGCGGCGAGGAGACCCGCAGGAAGCUCCAGAGGGAGCUGGACGCCGCCGUCCAGAGAGAGAAACAGCGUGAGGAGGAGAAGGAGCGCGUGGAGAGGCAGCGCGAGCGCCUGCGGGAGGAGAUCGAGGACAUGACUCUGGCCCUGCAGCGGGAGAGGCAGAACUGCACGGCGCUGGAGAAGAGGCAGAAGAAGUUCGACCAGUGUCUGGCCGAGGAGAAGGCGGUGAGCGCUCGCCUGGCUGAGGAGAAGGACCGAGCGGAAGCUGACAGUCGAGACAAGGAGACGCGCUAUCUCGCGUUGUCCAGGGCGCUGCAGGAGGCCCAGGACCAGCGGGAGGAGCUGGAGCGAUCCAACAAGCAGCUUCGCCUGGAAAUGGAGCAGCUCGUCAACCAGCAGGACGACGUGGGAAAGAACGUCCACGAGCUGGAGAGGACCCGCAGGGCUCUGGAGGCGGAGGCCGAAAGCCUCCGUACCCAGACGCAGGAUCUGGAGGAGGAGCUGACGGAGGCGGAGAACUCCAGGCUCAGGCUGGAGGUCACCCUGCAGGCGCUCAAGGCUCAGUUCGAGAGGGAGAUCAGCAGCAGUGAGGAGAAGGGCGAGGAGAAGAGGAGGGCCCUCAGCAAGCAGGUGAGGGAGCUGGAGAUCCAGCUGGAGGAGGAGCGCAGUCAGCGCUCGCAGGCCGUGCUCACCAAGAAGCAGCUGGAAGCCGAGCUGCAGGAUUCCGAGGCUCAGGUGGAAACCUCCAGCCGCAGCAAGGAGGAAGCCGUCAAGCAUCUGCGCAAGCUGCAGAGUCAACUCAAGGAGGCGCUGCGAGAGCUGGAUGAGGCCAAGAUCACGCGAGACGAGGUCAUCGCGCAGUCCAAAGACAACGAUAAGAAAAUCCAAACGCUGGAGGCCGAAGUCCUGCAGCUCACAGAGGAGCUGUCCGUAUCCGACCGGCAGAGAAGGCAGGCUCAGCAAGAGCGAGACGAAAUGGCCGACGACAUGGUCAACAACAGCUCCGGAAAGUCGGUGCUAUUUGAAGAGAAGCGCCGGUUGGAGAUGCGAGUCAGCCAACUGGAGGAGGAGCUGGAGGAGGAGCAGACCAACGCCGAGCUCCUGUCGGAGAGACAAAGAAAGAUGGCUUUGCAGGUGGAGACGCUGACGGUGCAGCUGCAGGGCGAGAGGACCCUGGCCCAGAAGGCGGAGGCGGCGCGGGAGCAGCUGGAGCGCCACAACAAGGACAUGAAGACGCGGCUGGAGGAGCUGGAGGGAACCGUCAGGGGCAAACACCGGCUCAGCGUCGCCGCCCUGGAGACCAAGAUCGAAUCCAUGGAGGAGCAGCUGGAACAGGAGCGACAGGAGCGCGCUAUUGCCAACAAGUUGGUGAGGAAGACGGAGAAGAAACUGAAGGAGGUGAUGAUGCAGGCCGAGGACGAGAGGAGGCACGCCGACCAGUACAGAGACCAGCUGGACAAGUCCAUGGUGCGCCUGAGGCAGCUGAAGCGUCAGCUGGAAGAAGUGGAGGAGGAGAACUCGCGCUCCAACGCGCAGAAGAGGAAGCUGCAGCGAGAGCUGGAGGAGCUGACGGAGAACAGCCAAAGCAGGAUGCGCGAGAUCACCACCCUGCGCAACCAGCUCAGCGUCCCCGAAUGGAGACCAGAGCAACGCACUCCGCUGCCGCUGACGAUGCGCGGACGGCGAGCUCUGGUGGACGAGUACUCGUUGGACAACUCGGAUUCGGAGGAGCCGCCCGCCUCGCCCACGCCCUCCCUGGGAACGCCCCGAACCCCGACCCCGUCCUCGGAGCACAGCCUGGACCCCAACCCGCCGCCCUACAGCGUCAACAACCUACACCAAUGAUGUAGCGCGCAUACACACGCAAACACACAGUUUAGGAUUAUAGUCGAUGAAGUGCUCAAGGAAGUUGCUUUUUUUCCCCCCCCCCCUUUCAACAAGUGCAAACAAAAGAGAUUUUACAGAUUUUUUUUUUUUUUACCUUCCAAUGCAACAUGUAACAUUUUGAAAUGACAUCAUUCAACUUUCGCAUUUGAAUGGGCUGCACAGCGUCGAGGUGUAGAACUAGACGACCCGUACACUGUAUCAUGGGUGGGCAACCUUUUUGCUAUCCGGGGCCAAAUUGAAAUUAUGAAGGGGGAAAAAAAAAAUCGACUGCAUUCCACCAAAUAGUAGCCGCCCUUCUAAUAAAAGCCUCCCUCACUUU